UUCAAACUGGGCACCAGAGCAGGCUCCCCGCGGAUGGAAUCCGCGUCUUCGCCCCUUCCUCCCGCUCUUUAUGAAGACCGUCCGCUGUGGAGAAACCUGGGAAACUCAAGGAGCAGAUAAAACUGCAGAACCCGCUGGUAUGGAGCUUGACACGCAGAAGUCCCCUGUGCGCAAGCGCGCCGGCGCGUCUCCUCCCUCCACCUGAGAGGAGCGCACCUGGAUCCAACGAGACGGAAGUUGAGCGAAGGCAGAAGGGGGAGCGAAUCUUUUUGUCUGCGCCGAAAGUUUCUUCGGAGUUCAAGCAAACCGAUUAAGUUGCUCUCCAGUAAAAGCAGGAUGCCAGUCGUUGACUUUUACAGGCACAAUUUAAAUGGCUUUUCUAAUCUAAACCUGUAGAUCAGCGCCUCAUGCUGAAUCCCAGUCCAAAGCCAGCCUGCUCUCCAUUCAAGAAGGAUGACAUCUCUCCGCAGAGUGCUCCGAAGGCGACUGCACCCUGUUAAGCUGGUGAUAGUGGCCCUUGUCUUUGUCACAUUUGUGUUCUUCAUACAAUGGGAAGUGGGGAACCAGAGCCAGCAGGAGGACCCGUGGCUGAAGGAGAUGGCGGUGAAGCGGGACUCCAUGCUGGGCAUGGUGAUGGGGGCCGUCAAUAACUUCAGGGACGCAAUGCCAAAGAUGCAGAUCAGAGCUCCUGUUCGUCAGCAGGACAGUGCAGACAGCGUGUCCUGUCUGCCGGGACGCUACACAGCUGCAGAGCUCAGGCCAGCUCUGGAGCGGCCUCCCCAGAACCCUCUUGCUCCUGGAGCAGCCGGGAAGCCUUUCCACACGGACUCCCUGAGCCCCGAAGAGCAGAAGGAGAAGGAGAGGGGCGAAGAGAAACACUGCUUUAACCUGUACGCCAGCGACCGCAUCUCCUUGAGCAGAGACCUGGGCGCAGACACGAGACCACCAGAAUGUAUUGAGCAAACCUUCAAGCGAUGCCCCCCCUUGCCGACCACCAGUGUGAUAAUUGUGUUCCACAAUGAGGCUUGGAGCACUCUGCUGAGGACGGUGUACAGCGUCCUCCACACCUCCCCUGCCGUCCUCCUCAAGGAGAUCAUCCUGGUGGACGACGCCAGCAUGGAUGAUGUGCUGAAGGACGAGCUGGACGAGUAUUUGAAGCAGCUGAGCAUCGUCCGCGUCGUCCGCCAGCGACAAAGGAAAGGACUCAUCACGGCUCGGCUGCUGGGUGCCUCCGUCGCCACCGGUGACACGCUCACCUUUCUGGAUGCCCACUGUGAGUGCUUUAAUGGAUGGCUGGAGCCUCUGCUGGCCAGGAUAGCAGAGAACUACACUGCAGUGGUGAGCCCUGAUAUAACCACUAUUGAUCUCAACACUUUUGAGUUCAUGAAACCGUCCCCAUAUGGCCAGAACCACAACCGGGGCAACUUCGACUGGAGCCUGGCCUUCGGCUGGGAGAGUCUACCAGAUCACGAGAAACACAGGAGGAAGGAUGAAACAUACCCUAUCAAGACCCCCACAUUUGCUGGUGGGCUCUUCUCCAUCUCAAAAGAAUAUUUCUACCAUAUUGGAAGCUAUGAUGAAGAAAUGGAAAUCUGGGGCGGGGAGAACAUUGAAAUGUCAUUCAGGGUGUGGCAGUGCGGCGGACAGCUGGAGAUCAUCCCCUGCUCAAUUGUUGGCCACGUUUUCCGCACCAAGAGCCCCCACACCUUUCCCAAGGGCACGCAAGUGAUUGCUCGUAACCAGGUGCGACUGGCGGAGGUCUGGAUGGACGACUACAAGGAGAUCUUUUACCGUCGUAACCAGCAGGCUGCGCAGUUAGUAAAAGACAGGGCGUUCGGAGACAUCUCCAGACGCGUGGACCUCCGUGCGCGGCUGCAGUGCAAAAGCUUCACGUGGUAUUUGAAGAACGUUUAUCCAGAAGUCUUCAUGCCUGAUCUCAACCCACUCCGCUUUGGCUCAGUGAAAAAUGUCGGCAAAGACUCAUGUCUGGAUGCCGGAGAGAACAAUGAGGGUGGGAAACAGCUGAUCAUGUAUCCAUGUCAUGGACUAGGAGGAAACCAGUAUUUUGAGCACUCCACACAUCAAGAGAUUAGACACAACAUUCAGAAGGAGCUAUGUUUGCACGGGGCAGAGGGGGCUGUGAAGCUGGAGGACUGCCAGUAUAAAGGCAGGAGCACAUUUGUAGGAGCCGAGCAAAAAUGGGAACUGAAGGAUAACCAGUUAAUCUACAUCCCAGGACGGAACAUGUGCCUGACUGCCCGUCAUGAGCAUCCCUCUCUGGUCCCCUGCAACCCCUUGGACAGAUACCAGCUCUGGCUCUUCGUCUGAGUCGUGCAAACUACCACUUCACAAAAAUAGCCACUCUGUAUGCAUAGGCAUACAAAGACACGAGUGUACUAUACUGUAUGCAGUUACCAUGCAGUUUUUUAUUUAGGUUAUUGACAUUGAGUUUUAAUUUAUUUUUAUACAUAGAAGAACUGAACUGGUGCUGCUGGGAAGUCUGGACUUUGGGAGAAACCACAGUGUGCCACUGCUGGAAGGAAGCAUUGGAACAAUGCUCCCAAUCAGACUGUGAACUGAGCUUCUUGCAACGAUGAAGAUGCACUGUGUUGCCAAGUGCCUCCUUUGUGUUUGAGAUGUUUUCACUACUCCAAGUCUUCACGAGCAACACAUGCAGUAUUAGGUAUAUAAAGCCAACACUGAACAUUUUUCCAGUGAAUCUAAAAAAAAAAAAAAAGAAGAAAUCAUGCAAAAAAAAAGAAAUCCAGCCGAUCAUGUAUCUUAUAAACAAGGGGUUCCAGUUGGACAUACAAAAACCCCAAGUGUUAUGCACCAAAGAGACUAAAAGUGAAAACCUGAAACAAGUAUGAUGUUCAUUGCCCCAUUUUUAAAAAGAUUUGUAUUUUUAAUGACGUAAAACCUCUUCUUUGCUACCGUCCAGUGCCUUUAUGUAAUUUUCUACUGGGUGGGUGGAGUGGUGGAGGGUUGGGUGAUGGUGUGGUGGGAUUGCUGCAGUUUUCUGCCCAUGCAGAGUAAUGGCUUCUAUAGUAAGAUCAGAUCAGGGUUGGAGCUGAUGCACUUGAAUUCAAUCAUUUUAUUGAUUUUUUUUUUUCAAACUCUAAGAACAGAAAACAUGUGCAACACAAAUAUUCUGUAAUUUCUAUACACUCAGUUGUCAGUUUAUUCGGUGCACCUGGCGAAAAGUAAUGCAGUCCAAUACAGUAGCCCUGCAUUAAAUACUACCUACGUUCUGGUCAUUUUGGAGGCUGUGGUUUGAGGUGCUGAUAAAUGCUGCAUCACACUGAGAGGUGUUUCUAAUAUUAUGUCAAAUGCAUUAAUAUCAGUGUGGGUAGAGUAAUAGAAACCUCUACUACAGCGUCAUACACUACAACAGCACCAAAGUGAACAAACAGCUGAAUCAGCACGUCUUUACAACAGUUUGACCAAAAACUGAACAUUACAACCCUAAUGAAGGGAGGAUUUACUGCAGGAUUGUUGUGUUAGAGUGCAUGAGUUACACUUAAAACUGUAACUGAGUGUAGAGACAUGAAGAACGAUCAGUUCGGACCUGCUGGUGAGAUGUCCCUUAAAUUACAGAGAGUUAGUUCUUAAGGUGUUCAUUUCAAAAUUGGCAUUAUUGACUAAAAUGCAUUUUAAUGUGACCUACAACCAUCAUGACUGAUUUUUCUGAUGAUGAAGCUUUUUAAUUAGCGCAGUGUCUGUAAUAUUUCAACUGUCAUGCUUUGGUGUUUAUCAAAAUGCAACAAUGCACCGAAGGAUCGCUGUUUGUUGAUCAAAUACCUGAAACUCUCCCUCUCCAUCUAAGCAGGAGUCCACUAAUGAAUUUCUGGUGCAGGCACUAGUGUGUAGAUGGCUGUGGAACAUUGAAAAAGACUGAGGAACAGAUCGAACGUGUGUGUUUGUCUAAAAUGGAAACUGUAUUGUUGUCAGACUGCUUUGGUAUAAAGAGGUCUUAUUUUUAGGUCAAUAAAUUCAGCUCGAUUGUA